AUGCUUUCAACCGUUCCCCUCAAUGUGGGACGUAGACGCAUAGCUGGCUCCGUCUUCUCCCCCGCGUCUCUCGAAGCUCACCCGCUAAAGCCAACGGAUUCCCAACCGGGCGACUCCUUCCAAUCGACCGAUUCAACCUCUACGUUCAAAGCAGAGUCACAGUCCAAUUCCUUUGCGACUAUUGGAGGAUCCGCGGGUUCUCCAUCUGCAGACGAUGACAUCUUAGACCAUGCACUUGAAGCGUCCAAAGAAUUUCUCUCCGUGCCCAAUCUGGGGUUCGAUUCCCUUUACGAUUACUGCGAAACGGAUGGCAGUGAGCUGCUAACGGAAUGGAAUCGACUCAGCCCGCCGUCGAAGGAGACCGCGGAGGCACUGGAAUAUCUUGUGCGGACUUCUCCGUGGGCAUUGUUUGAAUGGCAUGGGAAUGAUAUCAGGAGGCAUUUCCUGGUUAAUUUCCGAGAUGGACUGUCUAAGCUCUUGGCUUCCCCCGAUAAACAAGGUCUCCUCCGGAAAAUCGUGGACUGUUUACAGCUCGCGCGUCGAAUUUACCUCACGCCUGUCGUGCACUACGUACUUCCUUUGAUAGCCACUCCCCACCAAAGCGGGCUCCUCGCUCAACUGCAGCGUGCCUUCCAUACUGUCGUAUCAUACAGUCUUCCGUGGCAGGUCAUUGCGCCGCUUCUUGCCAGUGAACUUACGCGAGAUGCUGUGGUUAUCCUGGGGAUUGACACCUUUGACGAAAAUUAUGAGCUGGAUACCAUGAGCGUGGAUGAAAUGGAGGUGGAGCGAACUUACUCCGUUUCGUACAAAGACUGGAGAGAGGAAACAGCCGAGGCGCGUGCACACAUGAUGGUCGAGGGCGAGGAUCGUCGCGUGACCAUCGCACGGGAUCAACUAUUGGCGUUCCUCAAUGGCCUACAGCUUGUCGGUCUCGGCGCUGACAAGGCCCAAAAAGUGUUCGCAGAAGUCAUGAACAUUCUAAUGGGAGACUUUAUCACUGCCGCAUACUCCGGCGAGUGGGAGUCGCCCUCGACUGCACCGCAACACCUGGGCCAAUGGAUUGAGAACGUAUACGCACGCCUCGCGGUACAAGUCCUAUCAAUAAUCCACUCUAAUGCUCCCACCACCCAAUCCGGGGCCAUGGAUGUGAGUUUUGGCGAUGUAGAAAAAUGGCGGGUGAUGGGCACUGCUCGACUUGGAAUGCUUCGAGUCGGCGAGCUUUUCGAUGUCGUCGUUGAUUGGCCUGCGAGCAGUGGAGCGGUGGAAGAUCUGCGACACUUCGUAACUCAGACCAGGCCACGGGCGUAUGUGACGCAUUGGUUUUCAUUAAAUCUACAGCAGCGGCUACUGCAUCCUGGAGCUUCUACUGUUGAGAUAUUGCAGGUCUACAUCUCAGUCAUUCGAGCUUUCCAUCUGUUGGAUCCCAAUGGUGUCUUGCUGGACCGCAUCGCGCGACCGAUCCGGCGGUACUUGAGAGAUCGUGAUGAUACCGUCAAGGUCAUCGUCAGUGGUCUACUGGCUGACCCCGCGACGGCCGACGACCCGUCUACAAACGACACCUUGGCUGAGUUAGCUUCAGAGCUGACCAGACUCAAUCAGCAUUCUAUGCAGAAUAAGAACAGCGAGCUAGACUUUGAUGAUUUGAACUGGCUGCCCGACCCUGUCGAUGCCGCUCCAGACUAUCGAAAGUCAAAGAGCGCAGAUGUUAUCGAUAGUUUGGUCAGCUUGUUCGAUUCGAAGGAGACAUUCGUGAAGGAGAUGCAGACACUCCUCGCAGACCGUCUAAUUCAAAAACGUCAAAAUUACGACCAAGAAACCACAGUCCUCGAGCUCCUCAAGGUCCGCUUCGGCGAUGCAGCACUGCAGGCAUGCGAAGUAAUGCUAAAAGAUCUCACGGAUUCCAGACGUUUGGACCACACCGUACGCCAGGAUCAAAUAUCAUCCGGCGAUCUAACGCACGAGGAUGCCCAAUUGCACGCAAAGAUCCUCUCACGCUUCUUUUGGCCCGAAUUCCAAGACCAAGAAUUCAAGGUCCCCGACGAGAUCACCACACUUCAAACACAGUACGCCUCAUGCUUCGAAAAAAGGAAAGACUCACGCAAACUCAAGUGGCAUAACGCCCUGGGCCAAGUAACCGUCGAACUUGAGCUUGAAAAUCACUCUUUCCGAGACGAAGUUACAACCUGGCAAGCAACAGUCAUCUACGCCUUCCAAUCCGACUCCGACUCCGACUCCGACUCCCCCGCCACAAAAACGAUACCGGAGCUCGCCUCCGAACUCGAAAUGACCAUUCCACUCGUCCGCAGCGCCUGUCUCUUCUGGGUUAGCAAGCGAAUCCUCAGCGAAGUGCAGCGAGACACAUUCCAAGUCCAGGAAGUUCUCGCAGACGAAGAGCAACACGACUCCGAGUCUGAUAGCGAGGACGAAGACACUGCCAAUGCGGCGGCGGCGGCGGAAGCUGCAGCCGCAGCUGCUGCGAAGGAGUCUGCUGAAGCGGCUGCUAUGGAGAAGAUGAAUGUCCAUUGGCAGUUCAUUGUUGGUAUGCUCACGAAUCAGGGGCCGAUGCCUUUGGCGCGCAUUGUGAUGAUGUUGAAAAUUGCUGUCCCUGGUGGCUUUCCGUUCAGUAAUGAGGAGCUUCGGGAGUUCCUCGGUGGAAUGGUUUCGAAGGGGAAGUUGGAGAUCGUUAAUGGAGGGAAUUAUAAGAUUGUGCAUUAG